AUGGACGACCGCAGGCCUGAGGUGCUGGUCGUGUCGAUUAUCUUCUUUGUCAUCGCGACCGUUUUUGUGGUGUUUCGCUUCAUAUCGAGGAUUUUUGUCGUGCGCAAGGUUGGGAUUCAUGAUUAUUUUAUGUUACUGGCUUGGUUUAUCGAUUUCGGCUUCUCCUUUUCGCUGUUUUAUGCGACGCACAAAGGCCUCGGGUUGCAUGACUAUGAUCUCAAUCCCCACGAUCGAGCCAGUCUUAAUCAGGCCAAUUAUGUCUUUACCGUUCUUUACAACCCCGCCCUGAUGGCCGUCAAAACAUCUAUCCUCGUCUUCUACCUGACCCUGACCAAAGGCGAACUGGUCUACCGCUGGGCAAACUACGUGACUCUCUUCGUCGUCAACGCUGCCGGAUUGGCCCUGACCCUCGUCAACGUCUUUCAAUGCCAUCCCGUUGGCGCUGCUGUGUCGUACCCGUUACCGCCGAAUGCGCAAUGCACCGACAUCGUCACACUGUAUCUCUGCUCGUCGCCUGUGAAUAUCAUUACCGAUCUGGCAAUUCUGUUGCUCCCCAUGCCUAUCUUGACAAAGAUGCGCUUACCGCGGAAGCAGAAGAUUAUUCUGGUCGUCACGUUUAGUUUUGGUUUCUUUGUCGCGGUUGUGGAUGUUAUUCGCAUUGCGUAUUUGCAGAAUGCGGCGACGUCGCGGCAGAUUGCGCUGCAGGAAUUGCAUCUUCAGGAUUCGAAUAAUGGUGAUGAUCUGAGCUGGUACGCGUCACUGUCCUUUAUGUGGUCUGUCAUCGAAGUCAACGUGUCGAUUAUGUGCGCUUGCGUCCCGAGUCUGAAACCGCUGGUUGCGCGUAUUAUUCCCAAGCUCAUCAGGGAUACCGAUGAAGGAUCGUGCAACACCGCCGAUGGCCGAUUCCCUGGUUCUUUCGAUUUGCCUAAUGGCAUGCCCCCGAUGGCACAAGGAGCAAUCAACACAUCGCAGGAGAGCAACGGCAACAAAACCUCGCAAUCGGCAAGUCAAAGCAGCGAAAUCGAUCCUCAGAGAAACACAAGCGCCUCCCCGAUCGACAUGGUGGAAUUCUUGACUACACCCAAUAUAGCGGCCCCUCAAGACGCGGAAGCCAAUACAACCCUAACGAGCACAUCUUAUAUGGGCAGCAUUACGUUUUUCGACUUUGUCAACAUGAAGAAACCAACGAGUAUGCUCAAGCUGAAUAACAAGGAAUCCAUAGCCCCGAUUGCGCUUACUACGAUUCUAUUCUUCCUAUGGGGAUUCGCAUACGGCCUGCUGGAUACAUUGAACAUGCAAUUUCAAGAAAUCGUCCAGCUCGACGCAUGGCGCUCACUUGCGCUGUACGCCGUCUACUUUGGCGGAUACCUAAUCGGCCCACUAUUCAUCGGUGGAACGGUCCUCAAACGCUGGGGCUUCAAAUCAACCUUCAUCACCGGCCUGUGCAUCUACGCCUGCGGAACACUCAUCUUCUGGCCCUCAGCCGUUCUAUCCUCCUACGCCGCCUUCGCCAUCUCCAACUUCAUUGUAGGCGUCGGCCUCGCGGUCCUCGAAACCGCCGCAAACCCCUUCAUCGCGCUCUGCGGACCGCUCGAAAACUCCGAAGUCCGCCUCAACAUCUCCCAAGGCGUGCAAGCAAUCGGCAGCGUAAUCUCCCCGCUGCUCGCCAAAAAAGUCCUCUUCAAAAGCGUCACCGACGUUUCUUCCUUAGUCGACGUCCAAUGGACAUACCUCGGCAUUGCCCUCUUCGACGUCCUCCUCGCAGUAGCCUUCUACUACCUCCCCGUCCCCGAAGCCUCGGACGAAGAGCUAGAAGAACUAGCCAACCACCGCCGCGAAGACAAUAUGACCAAACUCUUCGGCGUCCCUGUCGUCUGGCUUACACUGGGCCUAGGUAUAUUCUCCAUGUUCUUCUACGUCGCCGCCCAGGAAGUCCUCUCCAAGAGCUUCGAAGCAUACGUCAGACACUCAAACUCCCCACUAUCCGCAUUCGACUCAUUAACCCUUGGCCGCGCCCUCUUCGCAAUAGGUCGCUUCCUCGCAGCCCUCCUCCAACUCUUCCUCAAACCCCGCUGGAUCCUCCUCCUCUCCUACCUAGGCAUGAUCAUCUUCUCCAUCCUAGCGAUGGAAAUACAACACAACGGCCCAGCCUCCCUGGCCAUGGGCCUACUAAUCUACCUCUUCGAAUCCGGUGCCUUCAGCAUAAUCUUCUCCAUCGCCCUCCGCGGCACAGCACGACAUACCAAAUCCGCCGCCGUCGCGUUAACAGUCGCCAUCUGCGCAGGCGGGAUAUUCACCUUCGCCCAACACGCUGCUCGUCUCUCCUCAUAUGAAAAUGAUGCAAAUGGCGGAUUCGACUCGUACGGUAUAUUAGUGGCGCUGUAUGCCAUCGGCGCGGUCUUCCCGGUAUAUCUCAACAUCUUCGGGGCAGUCAAGAAGCAAGUCGAUCCUGUUCCUGGGGAGUAUCUGCGACGCCCGAGAAGACGGAGUAGGGCGCUGCCGCCGACGCCGGAGUUGGGGCCUAUGUCGGGGGUGGAGGGGGUGCCGGCGGAGGUGCCGGUUGAUGGGACUAGGUAG